UGGAGGUUAAAAAGAAAAAAAGGGGGAAAAAAGAAGAAGAAAUGCAGAGACUAUCUUGGAAUAGGGUUUCAAAGCAUGGAUUCUCCUAAACCUUCUAAAUCCCCAAUUCCCUCUUCUUCUGCUUUAGCAUCCACUUCAUCUUCUUCUCCAGUUCAAGAGUCCCCUUUUUCGAAUUACAUUAGCAAUCUGUCUCCUAUAAAACAUGACAAAGCACCUCAUGUAGCACAAGGGUUUCUUGGGCUCAAUUCUCCCCCUCUCGUAUUUACAUCUCCUCCUAUAAACACACUUGGAAGGCCUCUGCCAUCCAGGGUGGAAGUAUCUCAAAAUGGUGAAAGGGACAAGAAAAGAACUGACCAGUCUUGUAUUUUAGAAAGAUCUGUUACUGAAUUGCAAGAAAGGUUGGCCAUUGAUAUUAAGAAGGAGGAUGAUAACAAGGAUAAUGUGUCAGUCCAACCCAGUAGCUCCUCUGGAUGUGUUGAUGAAUACUUGGCUGACCCCGUGGAAGCAGACUGUGUGAACUCUGCAUAUGCGAUCAAUUCAAAUGUGAAACAAUCUAGUAAUGUGCUUCAAUCAUCAGUUGAUGGUUUAGCGGACUCAAAGAAUAUUAAAAUUGGCAACAAAAAUAAUGCGGUGAGGGAGGUUGAGGCAGCUCUAUUAUUGUCUGGGCAGAGUAAAGAAAGCAUUGAAAGAAAGUCAACUUGUGAUGACAAAUCAUUGAAGAUUGAAAACGAGCAAGGUGCUGUUCAAGGGAUAUCCGAUGAAUUCCAAAAGUUUGAGUCUGAUUCAUUUGAUCUUUCCUAUGAGGAAAAAGAGUUUAAAAACUUGUGUCCUCAGAAAGUAGUAGAGGACUGUGGCGAUGGAUGCAAUGGUUUCCUUCAACAGCUGCCUGGAUCACUACAGGGGGUUCAGUCAUAUGAAGAUUUUGCUGAAAAUGUUGGUGAGGAUAUAGAUGUUGCAGUGCAUAGCAUGACACAUGAUCUCGAGGCUAGUGAACUCCAACGCAGCAUGAGUAGGCGCUGCCUUCAAUUUGGAGAAGCUCAACCAGAAGCUAGAGCAAACUGCUGCAUUUCUACAAAUCUAGCAAAUAAUAUUAGCUCUUCAACAUCAUUUCCUACAACUUCAGAAACUGAGGGUUUGGGUUCAUCUCAUCUUGAUUUAAGUGUUGCAUCUAGAACACAGCAACUGGUUAACUUGUCCCAGUUAGCAAUAAGCAUGAUUCCCCAGUGUUAUGGUGAAAAGUCUUCCUUAACUGUUCCCAAGCCAUCAGGUAUUGGCUUACACCUAAACAGCAUUGUUAAUGCUAUACCAAUGGCUCAAGGUGGAAGUGCAAGCAUGAAACUGGCACCGGCUGUAAGAUCAACAUGUCAGUCAACUGAAAACAUGAACAACUGCUCCGAUGCAUUUGAGAAAGUAUCAGCUCCUCCUCGAGAUGGAACACUUGAAGUGAAAGUUUGUACAAUUGCAGAUUCGGCUGUUUCAGAAUCACUCAGUGCCAUGGAAUCAAUCGAAUGUAACAUGACUCUAAAUACAAAGAGGAAGUUUAGCUCAGAGGAUAGAGAUAGUGAUGAAGUGUUUGACCAACAAAGCCCCAAAGUGAAAAGGAAGAAACUAUCAAACAACACAGAGGGUGAGGGUUGCAAGCAUUGCAAUUGCAAAAAGACCAAAUGUUUGAAACUCUAUUGUGAUUGUUUUGCCGCUGGAAUCUAUUGUGCUGAACCUUGUUGCUGCCAAGGUUGCUUCAACAGACCUGAAUAUGAAGAUACAGUUCUUGAAACACGUAAACAAAUUGAAUCACGUAAUCCGCUAGCGUUUGCUCCCAAGAUUGUGCAACCUUUCACUGAGUUUCCUUUAAGCAACAUGGAAGAUGGAAAUCGGAAAACACCAUCCUCAGCAAGACACAAACAAGGGUGCAAUUGCAAAAGGUCAAUGUGUCUGAAAAAAUAUUGUGAAUGCUACCAGGCUAAUGUUGGUUGCUCUAUUGGAUGUCGAUGUGAGGGGUGUAGAAAUGUUUAUGGCAAGAAGGAAGAUUGUCGUGUGACUGAAGAAAUGAUCAACAGAAGUGGUGGAGAGAGAUUGGAAAGUAGAGUGACUGUUAAACCAAAAAAGGAUUUCUUGCAUUCUGAAUUGUGUGAUCCACACCAUCUUACACCUUUGACACCUGCUUUCCAGUGCUCAGACCAUGGAAAGAAAGCAUCCAUAUCCAGACAUCUUUCUAGGAGAUGCCUUCCUUCCCCUGACUCUGAUCUUACCAUCUUAUCUUAUGCAAAGUCUCCAAGAUCUCCUAGAACUUCUGAUAGCAAUGACAUGCUUCUGGAAACAAAUAAAGAAAAUUUGGAUACUGAAUCUUAUUGUGAGGGAAUCAGCUACAACAAGGCAGUUGUGCUUGCUGAAGAAUUCCAUCACACUCCAUUGCCCAAUCAUCCUUCAAUCGUUAUUGGCUCAUCAUCAUCCAAAGUAAAGGAAUUGACAAACCUUUCACGGUUACAAUUGGACCGUAGAAGUGGUUCUCUCACUUCAAGGGGUUCCCUUUGUUGGCAUAGUUCACCUAUUACACCAGUCUCUCCAUCAGAUGAGAAUAAAAACCUUCAGGGGCUUGACUCUGCUGAUGACGGGCUUUAUGACAUUUUGGAGGAUGGUAUGCCGGAUAUAUUGAAAGAAACUUCUAUGGCCAUUAAGCCUGUGAAAGCAGGUUCCCCAAAUGGCAAGCGAGUUUCACCUCCUCACAAUUUGCACCAUCUUGGAUCAAGCUCUUCAGGACCAUUAAGAAGUGGCCGCAAAUUCAUACUAAAAGCUGUGCCUUCUUUCCCACCUCUUACUCCUUGCAUUGAUUCAAAAGGUGGCAAUACUCACAGUGGAAACAAUUUGCAAGAAAAUAGUAGCAAUGAUUGAUUAUCGAACCUGCAUUUUUAAUAUGUUGCAUCAGGUAUUUUCAUGAUGGAUGUAUUCGGGCUCCAGAGAGUGGUGAUUACCUUGCUCUUAAAAACUUAGACCUUUAAGGUUUUGCCUAUGGUCUAUAUUAACUUACAUAGCAUUCUGCCAUUCAUAUGCAUGAUUUGAUGCUAUUCCUUUCCCCCCACUUUUCUGAAAUGCGGGUGUUAAAGUGGCCACAUAAUAAUAGUGGACAAAUUCGCAGAAAUGCUUCUGCCUCCCGAUCCGUAUUCUCUGUUUCUUUCUCUAUUUGUUUCAUUUCCUUGUCAAUGUUAUGAUUUUUCAUUUAAGAUGUAUUUUCUAAUGCAAGCAAAGCAGUUGUCAUUCCUCUUUGAUUAGAGGAGGGACUCAUCAAACAUACUGCUGCUCAACCAUGCUAAAUAAAAUUUUAGUUUAUCCGAAGUCCAAACCUCUUUUCUUGCUU